GAGGCUUCACCCGCGCCCUCCCCCAGGACGCGCCCUCGGAACUCCGGCCCCUUCGUCCUGGACGCGGAGGCCGGAAGAUGGCCUGGGUGCUCAAGAUGGACGAGGUGAUCGAGUCCGGGCUGGUGCACGACUUCGACGCCAGCCUCUCGGGCAUCGGGCAGGAGCUGGGCGCCGGCGCCUACAGCAUGAGCGAUGUGUUGGCAUUACCCAUCUUCAAGCAGGAAGAUUCCAGCCUCCCGCUGGACGAUGAGACGAAACACCCACCCUUUCAGUAUGUGAUGUGCGCAGCCACGUCACCAGCAGUAAAACUGCACGAUGAAACACUCACGUACUUGAACCAAGGUCAGUCUUAUGAAAUUCGGAUGCUGGAUAAUCGGAAAAUGGGAGAUAUGCCAGAGAUGAGUGGAAAAAUGGUAAAGAGCAUCAUACGAGUCGUAUUCCAUGACAGACGGCUACAAUAUACAGAGCACCAGCAGCUUGAAGGAUGGAAGUGGAACCGCCCAGGAGACAGACUUCUCGAUUUAGAUAUCCCAAUGUCUGUGGGAAUAAUUGACACAAGGACAAAUCCAAGCCAAUUAAAUGCAGUUGAAUUUCUGUGGGACCCUGCAAAACGCGCAUCUGCUUUCAUUCAGGUACAUUGCAUCAGCACAGAAUUUACUCCCCGGAAGCAUGGAGGCGAAAAGGGAGUACCCUUUAGGAUCCAAGUGGAUACCUUUAAGCAGAAUGAAAAUGGGGAUUACACGGAUCAUCUACACUCAGCUAGCUGCCAAAUCAAAGUGUUCAAGCCGAAAGGAGCAGAUAGGAAACAAAAAACAGACCGAGAGAAGAUGGAGAAGAGAACUGCCCAUGAAAAAGAAAAAUACCAGCCGUCCUAUGAUACCACAAUCCUCACAGAGAUGAGGCUUGAGCCUAUAAUUGAAGAUGCAGUUGAACAUGAGCAGAAAAAGUCCAGCAAGCGGACUUUGCCAGCAGACUACGGUGAUUCUCUGGCAAAGCGAGGCAGUUGUUCUCCAUGGCCUGAUACCCCCACAGCCUAUGUGAAUGCCAGUCCUUCCGCAGCACCCACGUUCACCUCCCCCCCGCCGAGCAACUGCAGUGUCCCCGACAGUAAUUCUUCUUCCCCGAAUCAUCAGGGAGAUGGAGUGUCACAGACCAUUGGUGAGCAACUUCAGCCUUCGGCCACUACCCAGGAAGCCCAGCAAUGGCUGCUCAACAACCGGUUCUCCUCCUGCUCCAGACUGUUCUCCAGUUUUUCAGGUGCCGACUUAUUAAAAUUGACAAAGGAGGACUUAGUUCAAAUUUGUGGUGCAGCGGAUGGAAUUCGGCUCUAUAACUCACUCAAGUCAAGGUCGGUUAGGCCUCGAUUAACCAUCUAUGUAUGCCAGGAGCAGCUGAGCACCACACCGCUGCCUGGGCAGCAGCAGGCUGCAGGCAGUGCAGGCGAGAAUGGCACUUGUACACCCUAUGUUUAUCAUGCCAUCUACUUGGAAGAAAUGGUUGCCUCAGAAGUUGCUCGAAAACUUGCGAUGGUGUUUAAUAUUCCUUUGCACCAAAUUAACCAUGUUUACAGACAAGGUCCCACUGGCAUUCACAUUCUUGUUAGCGAUCAGAUGGUUCAGAAUUUUCAAGAUGAGAGCUGUUUCUUAUUCUCUACAAUCAAAGCUGAAAAUGGUGGCGGCAUCUACAUAAUCUUGAAGUGAUGUCCUUGUCCUAUAUAGAUUGAACUUUUAUUCUGUACCAAAUAAGUCAUGCUUAAAGGUGUGUGAAGACUGAAUCCAAGAAGUCUCAGAAUUGGAUUUUACCGUAUAAAAUGUUUCAUAUUGAAAACAUUAGAUGACCUUCAAAUGAGCUGUAUGAGGCGACUGACUCCUCGCCGUCACUGCCACAGCCGAGCGUCCUGGUCAGAGCGAGCCCGGUGGAAAAGCCCAUGGGCUUGGAGGCCCACUGCGGACAGAGCUGCCUGCUUCUCUGGCAGAGGCCAGUAGAUAACGUCACUAGAAGCAGCCUUGCUUCUUUCACACUGUACGAGGCUUGGAGAUGAAUGUAAAAACUUACUGUGGGCAUUUACCUUUCUGUGCCAGUUUGGCUUUUAUUGCCUGGACCUUCUGCUGACAGGCGGGGGUGGGCAGCGCUGUGUGGAGCCAGGACAGAAUUUGUGGGGAGACACUGUAUUGACAGUGAGUCGGUGGUCGGGGCUGGGGGGCUCUGCACCUUCUCAGAGGAAAUUCUAAGUGUGUGUGUCUGAUGGGAUCAAGCCAGGAAGGUGGGUUUCAAGCAAACUGCAUUAUCAGGAGUACCUUGGUGAGAGGAUCAGUGUAAAUCCUAAUAGGUACAAAGACUUGUGUUUUGCUUUGUCAGUUUUAUUGAAAAAUGUUUUGCUUCUUCCAUUUUUAGCAUUUUAGCCUCUGGUUUUUCCUUUUUAAAGCCCCAUUGCCUUUAAAAUUCAUGUGGGUAUCCUCUUCUCUCUUGUACUUUUUAAAGCUCUGUCCUACCCCAGACAUUGAAAAUGAGUGACCUCAGCAGGGAGGGGAAAUAGUAUCAUUGGCAGCUUCUGACUUGGUGUUCAGGAGGCUUAGUUAUCCAGGAGAUAAAACUGCUCCUGGAGCGCUAGCUUGUCACACAUCAGACACUAGAGGGCAUCCCUACUCCUCUCCUCCAAUACCAAGCUUUAGUACAAUCACGAUGAAAAAUUCUGGUUAUUAAUUAGGGACUUCUUAGACACCACCCAAUGGCUUUAUUUUCUAUAAAAAAUAAUGCCUCUUUCACAAAAACCAAGCGCUUUUCUAUUAGUAUACUUUUCAAGGAAAUCUCUCUUCUCAUUUCACCUUUCACUCAAGAGCUGUUUGAGUGAAAUUCAUCAAGCAUUUUUUGAGGUCUGUGGUGUAACAGACUGAAUUUUAAAGAAAACCUUGAGGGCUUCAAAAAAGUUGAGAAAUCAUUAUUUCAUUUUCCAUGAACUUUUUGAAGCCCUUUCACAUGUCCCAUUUUAAUUAAACUCUGUCCAUGUGCCCAAGUAUUCUGGCUUUGAAUGUACUGUCUGAUCAUCUUUGUUUAGAGGGAAAUAGGAACAAUUAUGUAUUUGGAAUUUCUUCCAGAAGAGAAAAUACAGUGGGUGAGCGCUCUGACAUUCUCCGAUCCAUCAAGUGGUUCCCUCUGUAAUAUAAAGCAGCAUUGUCUCAACAUGUGCCCAUCUUCGGUUUGCGAGUGUGUGUGGCUCCUGUGGACCUGGCGGAGGACAGGUUUCCUUGCCCAUCUCCCUUUGCAUUUGUUUGGCCAGUGGCCAGGUGUUUUCUGUCCCUGUCACUUGAGAAAGAAGUGGGCUACCCUCUUGUUUUAGCAUUUCACUGGUCUACUUAGCGUUCCUUUGUGUCUCAAGAAUUUUGGAGCAAAUGCCAUUUAAUGCUGUGUGCUAUUUUUAAUUCAUCAGGUUUUAGAAGUGGAAUAAAAAUAAUUAAAAGCUCAUCAAACUAAGAACUAUUUGAGCAGUAUUGAACAUUAGUCUGUCCCAAUGAAACAGGUUAAAUUAUGGCACCAGCAUAUUUGCUAUUUUUUUAACAGUAGGAUGUACACAUUUCAGUGUAAUAAAUGUUUUCCAGUUGUUUUGCAAA